UUUUUGCUUGCUCUGCUUUCAUUUCUCUGUUUUUCUUCACAUUUUAGAUUUUGCAUUGUUCUGCUUCUGUCUUUAUCUGCUAACAGGAGCAGAAAUAUUUACUUUUAUUGAACAAAAUCCAGAAAAAAGAAAAGCUGAGAAACAGGAGUUUACCUAUCAAUCUUUCAAUUCUUGAAUUUGUUUUUAUAAUGUACAUGUGUUCUUCAUAGAUUAAGGACUGCUUCUUCUUCUUCUUGCUUCUUCUUCUUCUUCUUCCUCUUUCUUUUGUCUGCUUCUUCAAAACAGUGGAUUUUUUUUAGGCAGUCCCUGACAUUCCAGCUCUGCGUCCAUUGCCUUGCGUAUACCAGAAGAAAAAAGAAAUAUUCUUGCUCUUUUGUCAAAGAAAGUCCUUUAAAUCAUAUUCAGAUCUCAUGGGUUUCUUUUGAAAUCUAUAAACAAUUAUCUUAUACUUCUGUUUCUAGCUUCCCUUUUCCUUUUUCUUUCCUCCUCUGCUUGUGCUCUAUUUUUCUCCUACUAUAACAGAAUAAGCUAGCUGUCCACAAAUGGAUCGGUUAACGACAGCAACAAUCAUUCCAGAUGCGUUUCAAGAUGCUAGAGAUGACGUAUCCAUGCAGUUUUCAAUAGUUUGGGAUCAGAUCAGAGCGCCAUUAAUUGUUCCUCUGCUAAGACUUGCAGUUGCCAUCUGCUUGAUCAUGUCCUUGAUGCUCUUCAUCGAAAGGGUGUAUAUGGGCAUUGUAAUUAUACUAGUGAAGCUUUUUGGUCGAAGACCAGAGAAACGCUACAAAUGGGAACCCAUAAAAGAUGAUGUUGAGAUGGGUAACUAUGGAUAUCCUAUGGUUCUGGUUCAAAUCCCAAUGUACAACGAACGAGAGGUUUACCAGCUUUCCAUUGGAGCUGCAUGUGGACUCUCUUGGCCUUCUGAUCGAAUCAUAAUUCAAGUCCUCGACGAUUCAACAGACCCAACCAUCAAGGACUUGGUGGAGCUAGAGUGCCAAAGGUGGGCAAGCAAAGGUGUAAAUAUGAAAUACGAGAUUAGAGAUAACAGAAACGGCUAUAAAGCUGGGGCAUUAAAAGAAGGAAUGAAGAAAAACUACGUGAAAAAUUGCGACUACGUAGCCAUCUUCGACGCAGAUUUCCAGCCAGAGCCUGAUUUUCUAUGGCGGACCAUUCCUUUCCUCGUUCACAAUCCAGAAUUGGCUUUGGUUCAGGCUCGUUGGAAAUUCGUGAAUUCUGAUGAGUGCUUGAUGACGAGAAUGCAAGAAAUGUCUUUGGAUUAUCAUUUCACAGUUGAGCAAGAAGUGGGCUCCUCUACCUAUGCCUUCUUUGGCUUCAAUGGGACAGCAGGGGUAUGGAGAAUUGGUGCACUUAAUGAAGCUGGAGGCUGGAAGGAUAGGACCACAGUGGAAGACAUGGAUCUUGCCGUUCGAGCUAGUCUCAAAGGCUGGAAAUUCUUGUACCUUGGCAAUCUUAAGGUGAAAAAUGAGCUGCCUAGUACAUUGAAGGCUUACCGCUACCAGCAGCAUCGGUGGUCUUGUGGUCCUGCUAACCUCUUCAGGAAAAUGUUUAUGGAGAUCAUAAGAAAUAAGAAAGUGACCUUGUGGAAGAAGGUGCAUGUUAUCUACAGCUUCUUCUUGGUGAGGAAGAUCGUUGCUCACAUCGUUACAUUCAUCUUCUACUGUGUCGUAUUGCCUGCAACUGUUUUAGUACCUGAAGUUGAAGUUCCAAAGUGGGGAGCUGUAUAUAUUCCUUCUAUCAUUACAAUUCUCAAUGCAGUUGGAACUCCAAGGUCACUCCACCUGUUGGUGUUCUGGAUCCUUUUUGAAAAUGUUAUGUCACUACACAGGACUAAGGCUACCUUCGUUGGCUUGCUAGAGUCUGGCAGAGUUAAUGAAUGGAUUGUCACUGAGAAAUUAGGAGAUGCUCUUAAAGCAAAAGCUGUCAAAGCACCCAAGAAACCCAGAUUUAAAUUCGGAGAAAGGCUCCACCUGCUAGAGCUUGGAACUGGAGCUUACCUCUUCUUCUGCGGCUGCUAUGAUCUUGCUUUUGGGAAAAACCACUACUUCAUAUACUUAUUUGUGCAAGCAAUUGCCUUCUUCAUCAUGGGGUUCGGAUACAUAGGCACCUUUGUCCCGCAUUCUUAACAAUGGACUGCGAGAGAGUAACAGAAAGUUGGUGCAGUUCUUUGUGCAAAUUCUUCAGUUUAUGCCUGUGAAUUGGUAUAUGACAUUCAAAGUGAAAAUUUUCUGGUAUUUUUAGCUUUGUGUAAAAAAGAAAAAAAAAAGGUCAUAUUCUUUUAGGUGGAGCAUAAAUAAUCGAGUGCAUGUCUCGGAGAGCUUCUAGUUUCCCUUGUGAAUAUCCAAAUACAUUUUAAGUAUAGAUCACAUUGUAAUGUUGUUUUUGGGAUACAGAUUGAGAGGAUCAUAAGGAGAGGGUGAAGAAUGCAGCUUCUGGGUUUGAAUGGCCCUCAAGCAGAUAGAUCAAACCAUCUUCUAAUGGAUUGUAAUUGUAAGAUUUUGUAGCUUGUUUUUUUUCCAUUGUUUUGUUGUGGUUGGCAUUGGUUUUGAAAGGAAUAAAAUUAUAGCAAUGGGAUAAAUUUCAUACUUGCA